AUGGCUUCUACCUCAGACCUACAGACCGCCCGCCAGAACGACUACGUCAAGUUCAAGCGCUAUGCCGCCUGGACCUUUAUCGUCGCCUCCCCCAUCCUCAUCGCCUCUCCUCCCCGCAAACUCGACUUGAACACCGCCGCUCUCACCGGUGCAUUUGCCAUAUCGGCCAAUUACCUCUACAAAGACAGUCAUCAGGGACGGGGCUUGAUAGAUGAUCUCGGCAUGAGAUAUUUCGGCGCGUCCCCAGUCGCCGCCCAGUCAUCGACAACUCGCGACGGAAUCACAAACCUAUUCAAUACUCUGCCCACUGAAAAAGCCGAAAAAGUCCAAGCUCAAUUGCGCGCCGCCAAGGAAUCGUCCAUCAAAACACAAGAAGAGUUAGAACGAUAUCAAUCCAACAAGCGAUUCGAGGAUCGCUCCUUACCGGAGAAGAUCUGGAUGGGAUCCGAGGCGGAGAACUGGAAAGAGAAACGAUUGAGAGAGGAGCAGGAGGCGUUGAAUGAAGGGAAGGGAUAUGGAGACCUAAUUAUGGAUCAUAUUUGGGAGGUGUGGAACUGGGGGAAACCGAACGAUCAGAAGAAGAGGGACGAACUGAAUGAGAAGAAGGAUUCUCCAGCUUCGGGGGCUGGUACAACAAACAAACUCUGUGAACAGGUGCCAUAUUGGCGGGUAUCAUCUCAAAACAUCAUUCCCAAUCGCGAGCAUUCCAGGUAA